GACGCCGACGGCAAUACUGCACUGCACUGGGGAGCUGCUGCAGGCUCCGCGCUCGUAUGCCGACGGCUCCUAGACGCUGGUGCCAGCCCCGUGGCCACCGCCCUGGACGGCAGCACGCCUCUGCACCGGGUCGGGGCGUGUGCCGAGGUGGCACGCGUCCUCCUGGCAGCUGGGGCGGUGGCAGCAGCCGCGGCUGCCAACGGCAACACCGCCCUGCACAAUGCGGCUCAGGCCGGCUUCGUAGAGGUGGUCCUCGUGCUGCUGGAAGCCGGGUGCCCUGUGGAUUUGCUUAACACGGCAGGCUGCACAGCGUUGUACCUGGCCGCAGCGGCCGGCCACGAGGCCGCUGUGCGCACACUGCUUGGCGGCGGCGCUGACCCCGACAUCCCCACCCCUGCCAGCGGCAAUACCGCUAUUCAUGCGGCCGUGAUUGGCGGCCAUGACGCUGCAGUGGCAGCGCUACUCAGCGGCCAGGCCGAUCUUGGCGCACUUAACGGCGCUGGAAACAGUGCUGUCAACCUUGCUGCGGCUAAGGGGGCAGUGGAUUUGAUUGGUAUGCUGGCAG